CGCGUCUGUUGCUAGGAACUCUUCUGCCUCGGAAUCCUGUUGCCAAAGCAGCGGCGGAUCCGUUUCCCACACGGACUGCAUAUCCAAAAUGGCAGCGCCCAGGCCGGUGUGUAAUGUAUUCAGAUUUCGGGAUGCCAGAGCGGUUCCGGACCCCGUACAUGCCCCGGUGGCAGAGGGACCGGCCGUACUGGUGUUAGAUAACGGCUCCUUCCAACUGCGAGCGGGAUGGGCGGGACUGGGACCCAGUUUGCAGCUGCGCUCAGUGGUGGCCCGAAGCCGCGGUGGUCCUCGCAGCCUGAGCCGGGUGGGGAAUGACAUACCGAGCCUGGAGCCGCUGCGCUGGCUGCUCCGGACACCGUUUGACAGGAACUUGCCGGUGAAUCUAGAGCUGCAGGAGCUUCUGUGUGAUCACGUGUUCCAAAGACUAGGAGUGACGUCAGAGGGCUGUGUUGAUUACCCCCUUGUGUUUACUGAAGCACCGUGCACCCCACUUCAUGUAAGGCAGAUGGUGUCUGAACUCCUGUUCGAGUGCUACCAGGUGCCCAAAGUGUCAUUCGGAAUUGAUGGUCUGUACAGCUUCUAUCGCAACAAAAAAGAAGAGUUUCCCACCAGUGGGCUUGUUGUGUCAUCUGGAUACCACUGUACACAUAUACUUCCCUUUCUGAAUGGCAGGCUGGAUGCCAAGAACAUCAAACGCAUGAACCUUGGAGGCUUCCAGGCUGUGACUUAUCUCCAUCGCCUGCUACAGCUGAAGUAUCCAGGACAUCUCUCGGCUAUUACACUGAGCCGCAUGGAGGAGAUUUUGCACGAGCACUGCUAUGUUCCAGAUGAUUAUAUGGAAGAGCUCCAAAAGUGGCGUUGCCCAGAUUACUAUGAGCAGAAUGUACACAAGAUGCAGUUGCCUUUUUCCUCUAAGCUCCUGGGCACCGCUGUGCCAUCAGAGGAGAAGCAUGAGCGCAGGCAGCAGCAGCUAAGACGCCUUCAGGAACUGAAUGCACGACGCAGGGAAGAAAAGCUUCAGCAGGACCAGGAACGACUAGACAGACUGCUCUAUGUGCAGGAACUUCUGGAAGAUGGACAAGUGGAGCAAUUCCACAAAUCCCUGGUGGAACUGAAUAUGGACUCUGCUGAGGAGCUGCAGUCUUACAUUCACAAGUUAAAUGUAGCUAUUGAGCAGGGAAGGCAGCGAUUACUGGGGGAUGCAAUAGACGGGAAACCACAGACACCAGAAACGAUGGGAGCAGAACAAGAAGAUAUGGAAGGGAUUUCAGAGCUUGAACCUCUUUAUUCUGAGGAGCAAAUGGAACUUGAGAAGACUACACCAACCGUCCAGGCCAUGUUUAACAUUGCAGAAUACCAUCAGAUGUACCUGGGCACCGAGAGGAUUCGUGUGCCUGAGGUCUUGUUUCAGCCAUCACUAAUUGGAGAAGACCAGGCUGGUUUGGCUGAGACAAUGCAAUAUAUAUUGGACCGGUACCCACAGGAAGUACAGCAGGAACUAGUACAGAAUGUCUUUUUAACAGGAGGGAAUGUGAUGUACCCUGGAAUGCAGGCCCGGAUGGAAAAGGAACUGCUGCAAAUGAGGCCAUUUGGUUCCACUUUUCAUGUUUACCGGGCCACUCAUCCUGUUCUUGACUCUUGGCAUGGUGCCUCUGACUGGGCUCUACAAAACCUGGAGGUUGAGGAGGGCUGGAUAAACCGUAAGGACUAUGAGGAAAUGGGAGGAGAGUAUGUGAAGGAGCAUUUUGCAUCCAAUCUCUACACUGCCAUCCGCCUGCCCAAACCUGCACCACGUAGUGCAGCAGCAUCCACUAGUCAGGAGACCGAAAAUGUUCCACAGACCAGUUCUGGUGCUGCUCCAUUAUAGGGGAGCAAUGCUGUACAUUUAUUAAGAGAUCUGGAUUUAGAUGAAUUGGACAUUACACUAGGACUCCAGAAAGGCAGAUAUUCCAUCAUCAGGAAGAAGAGAAUCUGAAUGAUGCUGCAUUAGGAAAUCUAUAAAUGGUCAAUGUGCAGUGUAACAAUGAUAUACCUUUUUUACAAAGACCUGUUAGAUAUUGGACCUUUCAGAGCCUUUUUUUUUUUUGUAUGUAUAUUUAUUUAUUUUUGUAAUAAAUCUGGAAACAAUCUAAAGUCAGCACAAUGUACAUGCAAUCAAAGAUCUAUAGCAUAA